AUGAGUUCGCACGAGUCGCAUCCGCCACAGGCCGGUGGCUUCCGGGACCAUCUUCCGGACCUGAGCACCCCGCGCUUCACCACUAUGAGGAGGCAGGAUGCGCACGAGUAUGCAAAUGCCUUCAGUGAGAGCGGCCAGCCCCCCUGGCUGCAUGCUCUCUACUUGCACUGGCGUGACCUGUUCAAGGAGCCGUUUCGCGGGGUUACCACGGAUGGCAAGGUGCGCGACGGGCUCUACAGCGUGCAGGAUGAAGGCGUCCCGGUCGGGCAGAUUGCGGAAGCCGCGGGCACGUUGCUCUCCAAGCUCACAAAGGAGCAGCGCGAGAAGACGCUCUACCAUGUCGAUUCUCCUGAGUGGCGGUCCUGGUCGAACCCAGAGUUCCUGCUGAGCGACAAGGGCAUCAGGCUGGAUGAGUUCGCAGAGGACCUGCGCAACGGCGUCCUGGCGGUCCUCGAGAGUGCCCUGUCCCCUGAGGGCUACCAGAAGGCAAUCAGCGCAAUGCGCGUCAACCACUUCCUUGGCGAGCUGAUUCAAGCCCCGGCCGUGAUAAACGAGUUUUCAUAUAACUUUGUCUUAUUCGGGGAGCCGUCUGCCUCCCGCCUCUGGGGCUUCUCAUUUUACGGACAUCAUCUAUGUCUCAACAUCGUCCUAUACCAAUCUCAAAUCUUCGUCGCGCCGUGGUUUACGGGCUCGGAGCCUAACUUCAUCGACGACGGCCCGCACAAGGGAACUCGUACCUUAGAAAGAGAGGAACUUCUAGGCCUCGAGCUGAUGCAGGAUCUUUCCCCGGAGCAACAGGCAAGGGCGCAGGUCUACAAGCACAUGAAGGACCCAGAGAUGCCCUGGGGUAGGUGGAACCAUGACGACCAGCGCCACCUCUGCGGCGCCUACCGUGACAACCGAAUCGUGCCAUACGAGGGUAUCCUCGUGUCUGAAAUGUCGGAGAAGCAGCAGGACCUGAUCCUCGGGAUCCUUCACGAGUACCUGCUGUACCUACCCCGCAAAGCACGACAGAUGCGACUCGACCAUGUGAAGAGCUGGUUCCACGAGACGUACUGGUGCUGGAUCGGCGGGUACGGCAACGAGGACCCGUUCUACUACAGGGUCCAGAGCCCUGUCAUUAUUGUCGAAUUCGACCACCAUUCGGGCGUGUUUCUGACAAAUAGCGAGCCAGCCAAGUUUCACAUCCACACGCUGCUGAGGAUGCCCAACGGGGGCGACUAUGGAAACGCAAUACGACCAAUGACAGACCCCUACAAGCAGGAGUUUACCUGGGCUGGAUGA